UCUGUGGGCAAGUCAACUGUGAUCAAGACAACCUGUCCAGGUGUAACAGGUUGAUAUUGGGCGCCAUGGAUGUGUCCAGUCACAGCCUCUACCUCCUGCAGCAGCUGAAUGUUCAGAGGGAGUUUGGCUUCUUGUGUGACUGCACUGUUGCCAUUGGCAACGUGUACUUCAAAGCCCACCGGGCAGUUCUAGCGGCCUUCUCCAACUACUUCAAGAUGAUCUUCAUCCAUCAGUCCAGUGAGUGCAUCAAAAUUCAACCAACGGACAUCCAGCCUGAUGUGUUCAGUUACCUGCUCCAUAUAAUGUACACUGGCAUGGGGCCAAAGCAGCCAGUGGAUAAGAGCCGUCUUCAAGAAGGGAUAAAGUUUCUUCAUGCCUACCAGCUGUGCCGUAAACCAGACGAGGCAGGUCCAGACCCAGCCUCUGACCUCCGCAUGUCCAACCUUUACGGCAUCCAGAUCUCCUCCCAGCUCCCAAAUAAGGAUGGCACAGGGCCGAAAUCGGGUGGGCAGCGGGACCCUGAGGGAUCACGCUCUACUAGUCGGGCAGAGUGGGCUGAGCGCUCCCAUGCCCGACCCUCCUCCCAGGCGGUUGGCCUGGAGGGCAUCCCCUCUGACCACCAGCUGCCCGGCAUGCGGCCCCUAUCUUCCCUGGCUUCCGGGGAUGACUCGGACAUCUCCACCCGGAUCAAAGAGGAGCGCCUGGACGACGAGGAGCAGGAGGAAGUGGACAAGCCUUCGCUGCCCCCUCCGGCUCCUCGAUCCUCACUCUCCCCGGCCCAGGGGAACCCUUGCCAGCCAGGCCUGGCUCUCCUGUGUCCUCACUGUGGUGAGCGCUGCCUGUCUCCUGAGGGUCUGAAGGAGCACCUGAUCAGCCACGCGGCCUGCUCCCUUGAGCCGCUGAUGGAGGGGACUCCCUCAGAGGACGCGGACUUGGGCGGGCCGGGAGGGGCAGAGGAGCACCGGGCCUCACGGGAGCGCCUGGACGCCGGCUGCCUGGAGGAGGCCUUAAGACAGAGCCAGGCGCUGGCCGACGAGAUCGCGGCCGAGCUGAGGCGAGGCGGGGGCGCGGGGGGCGUCGGGAUCGGGGGGUUCACCGGCGCCAGCCCCCCCAUGGUCGGCCUGUUCACGCGCAAGCGGAAGAUCGCGUGCGCUGUGUGCAACCAGCGGUUCGCGCACAAGAGCCAGCUGCAGGAGCACAUGUUCUCGCACGUGGGCAAGACGGCACGCCACCACCACCACCCGCACCACCCGCACCAGCACCAGCGCUACAGCCGCUUCUGCAACCAGCUGCUGCAGGUGGCGUGCGAGGGCACGGGUGAUAGUGCUCAAGGGGCCGGGCCAGGACCAGGAGGGGUCAGCAGAGGAAGGGGGGGGGCCAGGGAUGGCCAGGACAACGGCAGCUCCUGCUACUCGCUAGACUCAGAGGUGUCGCGGGAGAGUGUGGAUGCCGUCGCUGUUGAAUAGCAAAAAAAAUACAUUUAUGAAUGUAAAGUAAGGAACAGAGACAAGAUAAACAGCAUACACACUCUCUUUCCACAAAGACAGGAUCUGUAUGUGGAAAAUGAAUGGCGCUUUUUCUCACUCUUUUCCUGUCCGUCUCCAGUAGCCUGAAUAUCUUUUCUUGUAUGAGUAUCAUCAUGGUGGCUAUGAUGUAGGAGGUCUCCAUGUUGGAAUAUUGGUGCUUACAGUAUUUGUGUUUCAGCAUUGUCUAAGUUGUGCUGUUUUGUUUGAUGUAUUCCUAAAAAUAGCAUAUAAUGCUAUCCCAAAACAUUUAUAUACUUUGGAUUACGCAAAGUUUUUUUUUGUUCAAUAUGAAUGUUGUAUGAAAAUAUUGAA